ACAAAAUUUAUAAUGCCAAAGAUCUAAAUUUACUAGUUCUUUGCUCCGAUGGUAUAACGAAUCGUCUUAGAGUAUAUAAGAGAAUGCCAACUCAAGUGCUAUUAAGCUACAUGAAGCAGAACAAGUAUUCAACCGACUUAAUAGAAUUGGCCUGCAAAGACUUGAUCAAAUUAUGUGAUUUAAUCUCUCAAUCUGGAUUUUGUACUGAUGAUAUGUCAAUUAUUAUAAUAGCAUUUUUAAAUAGUAGACCUCUUAAAAAAUGGUAUGAAGAUGCAACAAAAGAUGCGGAAGACCCAAGGGAUUGGUUAAAUCCAUCAUUUAGAGAUGAUGAUUUAUCCGAAAUUUCUGAGCAAGAUUUGGGAGAAGUUGAAACUCCUGUAAAGGAUAAUGGUUUUGAUAUUUAUGACACUUCAAAUCAAUAUUCUGCUGAGGAAGCUGAAGAAUUUGCGGAUAUGACU